GUAAAUUAUUAUUGUCGAUGCAGCAACCUUGGGUGAUCAAGCAAAACCGAGUAACAAUCAUAUAAAUAAUCCAUUCGAUUGAAAAUCACAGGAAUUCUCUUCUCUCAUCUCAGUCACCAUCGAUCGCUCAUAGUCUUAAAAGCAGAUCAGAGAAGUUUUUUCUCAUCCGAACUGUCAAUUCUUCGCAUUUGCAGAAUACCAUGGCCCUCGACCAACUUGAGCCCAACGACAUCUUCUUCCAGAAAAUUUUGCACUAUGGAAUGCGCGAUAAAACGAUCCAGGAUGUUCUCCUACUAGAGAAAAAACCAGCAACUGCGAAAGGGGAGAAUUAUCUAAGUUAUUUGACUCGUUUCACCCUCGGAUACACUUGUGGUGUAUCUGACAGGCCUAAUGAAAAAAACCAGAAGAAGGUGCAUCUUAUUAUGAAAGAAGAGCCGGAGACCAGUGGUGAAACCUUGAGGUAUAUACGUGAGGGAAAAAUUUUCCACAAUGAGAGAUAUAUAUUGGAGGAAGUUGUGCCAAAAAUUGAGAAACUUGUUGGAAAGAAAUUGGGCCCCAAGGUCUAUUACUUUUCAAAUAAUCCAUCUGUUAUCGUUAUGGAGGACCUCAUGACACUUGGCUUCCAGAAUAAAAAUCGUAAAGUCGGUUUUAAUGAAGCCGACGUCAGUAUAGUGCUGGAAAAUAUGGCAGAUUUUCAUGCUGGAUCGAUAUAUUUGGAGGAGCAGAAUCCCGGCUGUAUGUCGGAAAUUGAGAAUGGCUUCAUCGGCCCGAAUCUGCCUGAAGGAUUUUUCACAUUUAUUGCAUCUGGUGUGAAAUCUAUCGGAGCUGGCGUCCGUGAUUGGCAGAAUGGGAGGUUCGUCUCGAUAUCUGAUAAGCUCGGGAAGAAAUCAAAAGAAAUUAUUCAAGAGCUCAAAGUAAUAUAUGAAUGUGAUGAGAAUGAACUGAGAACCCUGAAUCACGGAGAUAUUUGGAUGAACAACGUCAUGUUUAAGAGUGACAAAAAUGGAAAGACUCAAGAGUCUUGUUUCGUGGACUAUCAGAUGUGCGCAUGGACGUCCCCUGCAUUCGAUCUUGUCUAUUUUCUUAGCAUUUCUCCUGAGUUAAAUUUGAAACUAACUCACGAGGAUAUAUUUUUGAAAAUAUAUUUGAAACGAUUGGCAAGCACAAUGAAGAGACUGGGCUGCAAGGCGAGGACUCUUACAUUGGAAGAGUUGAAAAAAUCCAUGCACAAACGUCGUGCUUUGGCCCUCAUGGCGGCCCUCGUCUACUAUCCGAAAAUGAUAGCAGAGGAUGACGAAGUUGAACCCAUGGAUGAUAUAAUGACGAAGGGUGAAGCAUUGAUAGAUCUUUUGAAGAAUCCACUGACCAAGGAAACCAUGGCCAAGAUCCUUCCGAUAUUAGAUCAAAGGGGUUACUUAGAUUGAAUUAUCUCACGGAUCAGUAGACUCUACUCUGUACUCUACUCUACCGAGUAGAGGAUGCAUUACAAAAUGAAUGACAUGGGAGAGCUAGAUGAUUAAUGUCGUUUUAUGUAGAAUAAUAAAAUUGUUGAAUAUUUGUUAGUAAUGAAAGUUUUGGGAAAUUAGACCGGAAAAAUAGAACUAUUUUUUUUCAGGACUGGACUAUUUUUAAAUCACGGAUCUAUCCGGAUCUUCUCCUUUGGACUAUAAUUUCUGGUCACACGUUCGAAAAAAUAUAUAAUUUCUACUCCAUUCGUUUAUAGAAGCAAAUGAAUCUUAAAUCGGUUGUUCCAAGGAGUGAAAAAAACUCAUGUCCUCUUUUUUUGCUCGUCCCGAAAUUUAUUUCAAUCUUUUUGUUUUUUUUGCGUAAUCCCGAAUGGAAGCUUUCGGCCAUAUUCAAGUUCCCAAUUUUCCGUCUAUAGUCCAGGCAAAUUAGGUCUAACAUAUGUGUUCUUUCGAUCCAAAACGAUUUUUAUAUAGAAAUGUGUGUUUUGGUCAUGUGAUUAACGGGCAAGUAAUUUCAAGUGAUUUAAGUGUGUGCAUUCCGAGAAAAAGAUCAAAAACUACCCUUAAAAAUGGCCUUUCGCGAUUAACUUGGAAACUGCACUAGAUGCAGAAAAAAGGAUCAAAUAUAAUUUGAAGAGCAAAAUAUCCCCCAUACAAAAUAUGUUAAGCACUUCAUCUCUAUUUUGUACCGUUUAACCCCUACAGCCGUUCAAAUGUAUGAUAGGAGAAAAAAAUCAAUAAAAAAUGGAAAAAAUAUUA